AUGGCCGCGCGGUGCCGGCUGGCCGCGCGCUUCCACCACGUCCACGGAGCCAACGUGCGGCUGGACGCGUCGCGCACACGGGCCACGCGCGUGCGGAGCUUCGCCCACGGGCUGUGCUUCAGCCAGGAGCCGCUGGCGCCCGGGCAGAUCUUCCUGGUGGAGAUCGAGGAGAAGGAGCUGGGCUGGUGCGGGCACCUGCGCGUGGGGCUGACGGCCCACGACCCACAGAGCCUCGAGGCCGUGCCCGAGUACUCGCUGCCGGACCUGGUCAACAUGGGCGACACGUGGGUGUUCGCCAUCACCCGCAGCCACAACCGCGCGGCGGCCGGCGAGGAUGAGGCGCGGGGGCCCCCCUCGGACCCCCUGCUGCCGCUGCGGCAGGCGCGGAUUCCCCGCGACACGCUGGUGGGGCGCAGCCGGCCCGGCCGCUACAGCCACAUCCUGGACGAGCUGUACAGGCUCAACGUGCUGCCGGCCACGGCCCGGCGCAGCCGCAUCGGCGUCCUGUACGCGCCGCGGCCCGACGGCACCGCCGACAUGCACAUCGUCAUCAACGGCGAGGACAUGGGCGCCUGCGCCCGCCGCCUGCCCGCCGCACGCCCACUCUACGCCGUCGUCGACGUCUUCGCCUCCACCAAGAGCGUGCGGGUCAUCCCGGUGGAAUACGGCUUUCCCUCCCUGCAGACUCUGUGCCGCCUGGUCAUCCAGAAGCACGUCGUGCACCGCCUGGCCAUCGAGGGCCUGGACCUGCCCCCGACACUGAAGAGCUUCUGCCAACAUGAGUGAGGUGUCACAGGGCCACAGCUGCCCACACACGGGCACCGAGGGGCCAGCACAGCACAGGCAGCGCUGGGCAGCAGGGAGGCAGCUCAGAGACAGCAAUAAAACAGUUCCAGCCAUAAAGCAGUGGGGUGCUGGUGCCAGGAGCAGCACGAGAGCGAGGACGCUGCCCGAGCUGUGCUGGGGCUGUGCUGCCCACCACGGGCACACCACAGUGCUGGUGGAACCGGGGCAGUGGGCACUGUGUACACUCCACUGCAAGGGAAACAGUCCUGCUCUGGUAGAGGCACCACGUGGAUGCAGUCA